GCAAUGAAGACUUAUUCCAGGUUGCGUCCUUAGUGAACCGGAAGUGAAGAUUGUUGUGGUGAAGGUAUCUGAAAGAGAUUUGCAUUGCAAAGAGAUGUUCAAUUUAUUCAGAAAAAGCCAGGAUAGCAAAAAGAUAGUAGUGACUGACAAAGAAGCAGAUGGAUUUGUUUUUCUGGGCACUACCAUUAAUGAAGAAAGAAAUAACUCAGAAAAUAAACCUCCACUAUCUGUGAUGGGAACUCAGUUUGAUCAUACUUCACAGGCAAAUUCAGAAAACCAGUCAAAGUUGACUGAAGCAGACAUUGAACGGGAGGCAAAGAAAAGUCAGAAUAUGGAAAGCAGUUCUGUGUUGGAAUUUCCAAAUGAUGUACCUUUUGCUCUUGCACCACAUAUUUUGGCAAUUCAGGAUACCUGUAAUGAUUUCUCAAGACAACUGAUCUCCUGUCAUGUUAAUGACAAUUUAGCACGAUUUUGGUAUGAUUUUACACUUGAAAAUUCAGUAUUGUGUGAGUCUUAAAGAUGGGUUACUUAAUAUAAAAAUGAACCAAAAUCACUUGAAAUAAAAUAUGCUGGUAUUGUCUGUCAUGUAAAUUGGUUGUUUGUAUCUAUGGCUAGUCUGACAGAAAUUAUCAUUUUCCAUCAUGUUAUGUUUCUUACAUGACAAAAUAAGAACAGCUAAGCCAAACAUUACAAGUCAAUUACAAUAAAUAGGUUAUAAUCUGAACUCAAUGAAAAUAAUCAUAUAAACUUCCAGAUAGCCUAGUCCUUGCUUGAUCAUAGAAAAAUAAAUUAAAUGUUAUAUCAUAUUGUAAUUUACAAAUAAUCAACUUAUACUAUAUUAAUAAAUUAGUUAAUUUUAUUACAGCAUCUUUCAUUGGGGAAUUCACAACAAAAUUUUAAAAUCUAAAUUUACACAUCGUUAGUGCAGAAUGAAUUGAUAUCAAAUAUCUGAGGUUGGCUUUGGAGUUUGAUUCAUAUUUCUUGGGACUGUAGUUUUUGAUUGGCUGUAUUCUAGUUCUGUGUUCAGUUUUUCUAUUGCAAGUUUUUGUUGCAUCAGUAUAGCUGAAGUAUAUGAUUAUACUGUACAUUAUGUCAGUGUGCCUGUCUGUGUAUAUAUGAUGGGUGCAUAGAUACAUAUGCAGAUUACAUAUACAUGAGCAUGUUUAUAAAUGUAUUUGCACCAGUAAAAUAAACAUGGAUAUUUAAAAUAUAUCACUAUAGCUUUUCAUGAAAUACUGUAUGCUACCCUUCUCUAUCUUCAUCUCCUUCUGUUAUCUUAUUUUAUUCAUUGCUUUUGUGCAGUGAAGAACAAUAUACAAGAUGUAAAAAGAUAAUAUUGUGUAAAAUAUAAUUAUGUUUUUAAACCAAUUAAAUCUUAAAACAGAA